AGAACCUGUGAGGUGUAAGAAAACUGAAUAAUGCAUGAAACCAGUCCUGCACUGGAGGGUCAUGGUUUAUGCUUUAGGAGGAGACAGGAGCGGUGUGCCGUGUCUCUGCACUGCGCUUCAUGACGCACUCCAGCCUUUUGUUUUCAUGCACUGUCGCUUUAAGAAGCCUUUCGCUGCGCAGAGGCGCUACAGCAGCAGCAGCGCAUCACAUGAUUCCUCUCUUGUGACAAUCCAGACAGAAAGGAAAAGCCUUUCUGACUUCCAGCUGAGUUAGGAGGCGCUGCGAUGACAGAUCACUGUUGUUUUUGUGCCAAAGGACCAACUUCGAGAAGGAACAUGGAGUUAAGUUAACCAUUACCAGACUGAUUCGGGUCAUUCCUGUCUUUAACGUUUCACGUUUGGUGAAAUAUUUCGGGGGGUUGUUGCGCCGACGGGGACAAAGUUGGCGCAUGGAGAGGGACGAAGUUUCAUUUUUGCGCAGCAUCUUUUCUUUGUUUUCUUUGUUUUUGUCGCCUCUGCCUGUCAAUCUGCCUGACAGAAGACAACCAGCCGGAGUUGAGCUUUGAGUCUGUCUGUCGCGGAGUUCAUUAAGUUGAGGACACAACGAGACAACUUGAGGACGCAGUGUUACGUCGGGUGAGAUGGUGGACAGCAAACCUCUUCUUCAGGACAGACCUCCCGCCUACAACGCCGUCCCCGGGGCUUAUGAGUACGGCCCGCAGCAGCAGCAGCACAGCUACGGGGCCAUCCCCCCUCCGGCCCCGCCGCCGUACCCCUACCCCGAUGGACAAGGCAAGUAGUCCGGUUUCUGCUGCACGGUCCCCACGUUUCCCACGGAGUGAGGACUCGCUGUUCACACUUCCGCUUUGGUUCAGAUAGAGACUAGAAACAGAUCUGUAAAAGCUGGAAAUAACUCGAUUUAUUUAGUGGAAAAUUUAACCCAUCAGAUGUUUGGAUAAAUGAUUUUUUAAAUGGUCAUUAGUUUGGGUUAAUCGGUUGCUGUGGUGCAGCGCAUGCGCAGUUAAGGCAACAGCAACGUGAGUUACUGAUAAAAAGCAGAUUUUGCAUAAAUGAAAGAGAAAAUGUUCCUUUUAAGGUAGUGUGGAGUGUUUACAGUCAGAUAAUUCCCUCUUCUUAGUAAUAAGAUUAAUAAUAAAUUCUGCUCAAGGUGCUCAAAAAGACGGUUUACAAAACAACACAAUUUAAAUUACAGAAAUGUUUGAGUAAUAAGACCAACAAUGUAAAUAAAAACCAGUUUGAAAAGGUGUGUUUUUAGGAGUGAUUUGAAAGUAUGGGGGUCUGUACAGUACAUGAUUUAUUCAGAGUUUUUACAUGAUGAGUAUCUGUUAAUAUUUGUCCCACAGUGUCAUGAAAUACACAAGGUGUUAUAUGACAAAAGUUCAGAGUACAUAUCUGCUAAAACUUGUGUUUUUAUGUCUAUUCUGUGUUUGCUGUAGAUGUCAGCUGCACAAAUAUCUUUAUGAAUAUGAAGAAUAUUUCACUAGAAGCCAAAAAACAUGUAAAGAAAAAAACAAAACAGAGCUUACAAAACUCCAAAAUACCAAAUAAAAUCUAAAACUUACUCUAAGUAGGUACAACGAUAUUUAGAAACGUGCAAAAUAUAUUAAUUACCAAAAAAAAACCCACUUUAUAAUGGUCAAAGUUUGAAAUGAAGUGCAGAAUUUUUUAUGAACUUUUCAGGAAACCCGUAAACAUUUCACUAUAAGCCAAAAACAUGUCAAGAAAAAAAACAAAAAGAGCUUAUGAAACUUCAAAAUACUGCAUAAAAUCUAAAACUUACCCAGAAUAGGCCAAACUAUAUUUUAGAAAGAUGCAAAAAUUAUUUUACUAACACAAGAAACUGUCCAAAGGUCAAAAUAUGAGAUAUAGUUUCGAAAGCUUUAUGACGAGAAUACAAAAACUUUUCAGAAAACCCCAAAAUAUUUCAGAAAGAAAUAUUUUCUGAAAUACAAAAACAUCUCUUCAAAUGUGAAAAAGUUCCACAGGCACAAGAAUUUGCACAGACUGAGUUUCAGUUCAUUUCUCAUAAGUAUUUUUGGGUUGGGUGCAAUAAAAUGUUUUUGGAGUUGACCUUCAGGGCCACCGUACUAUUUACUGUUCAUGUUGCACAAUGCCGGUGUUUCCUCUUUUACAUUAAACAGAAAUUUACAGUGUCUAUUACAAAUGCACAUGUCCCAAUAAUGUAAAAAAUGUGAUGCAUUGUGCAGCCCUGUUUUUAAGCACCAGUAUGGCCCCUGGUUUUCUGCUGCUGAUGUCUGUCUUAUGUUCAGGAAGCUUCUAUCAUUUUUCUGUCACUCUGUUAGAGCUGCAGAGAGGAAAGACAGCGAGCAAGUUCAGCUUUCCUGAAAUGAGGUCUUGUUUCCUCUCACUGAAGUUAUUUCCUUGUUCCUUGUUGCCACAUGAUUUUCUCUCCUCAGCAGAUUGAAGUUGCUGCUGCUGAAAGAGAUGAACGUUUAUUCCCCGGUGUUUUUUAGUUUCUCUCUCGUAGAGAUAGAAACAUCCUUAUCACGUAAACCCUUCUCAUAAACACUUCUGAGAAGUCAAGUGUGGUUAUCAGAGCUCAGCGUUUACACGAGCAGUAAAGUAAUCAAUAACAGCAGGAAGUGUGAGUGACAUGAGAACGUGAAUCCCCAAAUACAUACACGACUGUGACGCACUGAGUGAGCUUGUUCUCUAAACAUCUUCUUCAGCUUUUAAUAGAAACCUGAUUACAGACAGAUGAUGCAGCUGAUGGUUGAAGACGACUGUUUCUGUUUCUUCUGAAUAUCAAACCAUCAUGAGUUGAAGUCAGCUGAGCUCUCACUCUCACUGGCUCCUCUCUUUAAAGCGACAUUUGCUUGUUCAAAUAGAUCAAUCUUAUCUGACUGCAUACGGGCCUGAAGCUCUCCUAAACUUGACUUUGGACUUUGCGCUCUGCUCCUCUCUGACUGUGGAGCUCUUUAUUUGCAGAUAAACACCGUCCAAAUGUGUUUCACUGCCCUGCAUGCAAAGUCACGUUCUUCACACUGAUUGCCUCAGAAUGAAUCCAACAUGUCCGUACAUUUUAAGACUAAAUCAGACUGAAUUGUGUAAAAAAUGUUUGAAAAGUCUGAUUUAGAGCUGUUACAGUAUGUAAUGAAUGCAUUAAGCUGCUGCAGGUUAAAGGUUUCAGAUUUGUUAUAAACAAAUAAGCAGCUCGUUUGUUUUGGACGUGUAAUGCAAUGGUCAAAAUUAAAGGUACAGUGCGUAGAAUUGGGAAGACUGAGUGAUAUCUGGUUGGGGACGCUCCCUUGCUCACCUCUCACACUGAUAAGAAACUGAUAAAUAUGGUCCUCCGCUUUGGUCUUUUAUGCUUUUAUUUGAGAGGAUAGAAAAGUCAACAAGAAUGCAAAACAAUUUUUACAUGGAGGUGAUAAAACAGUAAACUAAACAUACUGACAGACUAGAGAUAGACUGGUUGAUGAAUUAGUCUGUAAUUGGCAUUUAUAAAUAAUCUUAAACCCACAUAAAAUGAAUAUCAGUACCAUUUUUUCCAGAUAAAAACACGUUUCCAACCUUUAACUAAAGCUAAAACUGUCGCAUUAUAAAUACAGUUACUGUUUGAAAUCUGUCAGUUUUUCUCUUUCAUCAGUUUAUUAUAAAUCCGUCUGAAACACAUGACAUGCUAAGAUAACAGAUGACAGAUGUGUACAUGACUGUGUACAUGACUCUUUAACCUGAUAUAUUUUUGUAAUAACUUCAGAUGGUUUUUAAAGUUGUUCCGUCUACAUUUAUAUGAUCAAAUGUUCACUCAAGUUUAGCUUUUUGGUCAAUUAUUAAAAAUAGAAACAAAAACAGCGUUUUAUAUAUCAGCCAGUGCGUAAAAAGUAAUAUCCGUUAGCCUCUUCUUAUAUUUACUAUUUUAUUUCUACUUUAUAUUCCAUUAUUAUCAAGUCACUUAUUCUAGAGGCUGCCAAAUUCUACGAACUGUUCCUUUAAAUGCACGAAAAAGGAAGUUCUUCUUUUGGAAGAGACAGAAACCAAACGUGAACUUUGUUUAUAAUUUAUUCAGCUGAUGAUGAUUUUCUGUGUUUUCUGCUGAUUUGACAAAACGAUAAUCUGAAUAAAUCAAAUUGGCUCCAAGGAUAUAAACAUGCUGAUUAUUGAUUAAUGAUGAGCAGUUUAAUCGAUCAUGAGGAAUAAUCACUCCUUCUUCUUCUUCUGUCUCCUCACAGGGUACCCUGCAGCCCAGAUGGGCCCUGCUGUAUCCCAGCAGCCGUACCCAGGCACUUACACCAUCAUCCAGCCCUCUGUAGUGGUGGUGGGAGGCUGUCCUGCCUGCAGGUGAGCACACACACACACACACACUCACACAUAUACUAACCUAAAGAUGGUGUAUUACAGCAGAUGAGCUGAGUGAGUCUUCUUUGGUUGACCCACUAAAGCUCAUCAGCCCGUCAUCUGACAGUGAGCUCUCUAUCCCAGCCUGUGGUUUUACAUGAGAGCCUCGCGCUCGCCGUGACGAAGGCAGCUUUCUGAGCGCGCUCUCUUCUUCUUCUUCUUCUGAGGCUGAAACUCUGAAACAGCUUCCCUAAACGUGUCUUUCCUCUGUUCCUGUGUUUAAUGUCGCCGGCCCGCACACAUGACUUUCAGUUUUUGGAAAAAGUUUGACCCCGCUUGUCUCAACUUCCUGUCAGUCAGAUGAUUUCAGACUCAAACAUGUGACAGCCAAAGGUGAUGACAGGACACGGCGGGGAAAUAUUUCUCUUGUAAACUGCUGAACAUUGUUACAGGAAUAGAUUCUGUAUUUAUCUGGAGUAUUUCAGGAAGCGGUGUGUAUGACUAAGGAGGAUCCUGUGGCUGAGAUGGAAUAAAUAUGUUUUAGUACUGUGUAAUCAUCUGGUAAUAAAAGUUUAAAAGACUUAACAUCCUAUAAUGAGCUAAUUACAUCUACAGAGUCUCUUAUGUGGAGCAGGUCAUUUUGCACUGCUAUAUUUCUAUGGUGGCCCAAAAUAGACAAACUAAUCUUUGCUCUUGCCUUUUGUGCGCCUUACAAGUUCUGCAAAAACGUCCUGCAACAAACGGGAACAGAGAGGCAGUAAUCAGGCCUGUUGCACUCUGCAGCUUCACCGUUUAAUACCAUUAAACCUACACUACGCUGAUCCUCCACUAAACCUGGUGGAGGAGCUUUAAAUUUUUCAGCACUGUAGCAGGAUUGUGUGGGAAUAAAAACACAGCAGAAGGAGCUCUGCUGGUUUUACCCCGACAGAGAGAUGGCUCGUCUUUACAGUCGUCUCUUCAUAACUUUUGUAAACAACAGUACAUAUAGGGUCCCAGCCACCAAGCAUCUUUUUAACUUCACCUGAUUUCUUUAGCAAAGAGACUAAACACAACUCACCUACUCUCUUCCAGCAGUCGCUUGUUUGUAGCGAGACCUCGAGCCAGUCCAUUACCGACUACAGCGGGGUGACGCAGCUCAAGGAAGAACAUUUAUGAUCAUUUCUUCAUGGAAAUACAGUCAGACCAAGACGCUAAGACAGAAGAACUACCGCGUCUGCAGUGAAAAACGAUUAAUAUGGUGAUUAUUACUUCAAAAGAAAUGAUCAUAAAUGUUCUUCCUUGAGCUGCGACACCCCACAACAGUCCGUAAUGGACUGGUCGAGGUGCGUUGUGUUUAGUGUCUUUGCUAAAGAAAUUAGUGAAAGUUAAAAAGAUGUUUGGUGGCUAGUACUAUGGCUGGGACUGUGUAUUGCUAUCCUGCGGUCGUUACUAAAAGUUGGUAUAACUAGACAAGCAAGCAGUCGGCAACAUUCAUCUCUUGACGGGGUGUCUAACUCGGUGUUAUGGUUCCAAUGCGUGAUGUUUUAUUGACGUCCUUUAUGUGAAGUGACGUGAAAAAGAAGGGUCACAGGCUUCGACCUCUUAAUCCAGAUCUGAUUACAACACAGUGCUUUUUUCCGAUUUAUUCUGUCCAUUGCAAACUUGUAGAAACUGGAGCACUUCAUUUAGGAUUUACGUCAUUUACAGGCAUGUUUUUCCUCUGUGAAUGGCACAAGUGUACAAACAAGUCGCGUUAAUCCGCAGAGCUCUUACUGCGGUGGUGUGGCGCCAUUGUAGGCCAAGCACUGAUUGGUUACACCCUAUUGCUUACAAUGCUGCGCAGCCAAGCCCUUCUUAAGAGGCCAGAAUGAUGUUAAUGAGGGUUUAAGACGCUUCAGAGCAGCAGAUUCCAAUAUCAUCACUGUUUAUCAAGAUUAUUUCAAAUUCAACAUUCUUAAUUAUUAUAAAUCCUCAGUUAUGUGUCACGUUUUAAUAGCAUUAGCAGUGAGAGCGUGUCGAAGCAGCUUUUCACCCUCUCAUCUCUAUAGGAGCUGCAUUGAUAUGCGGCAUGUGUUAAUUCUCUCUCAGGGGCCUCCAGCAGGAUUUAGAGGCUGCGGCGCUCUGCAUGGCGCGGUCAUGAGACCACUGUUGUUUACCGUGACGCUGGCUGGACUUAAGCUGACCCACACUCAGACUUCAAGACAUUGAGCUUCAGGGUCGGUUAUUUUUUUGACAGAUAUUUGUCACAUGAUGCAAAGAAUCCAAAAGAAGACAAACGUGGUCUUUCAAAGCAGGAGAUUUGUAGGUUUUUCUUUCUUUGUGCUGAAAAUGAGAGUUAAAGAAAAGUUUGUUUCUUCCCAACUCUGAGGGGAUGACAGAGCAGAGGUGGGACACAUUUCUGAGGACUUUUCAAAACCUAAAAAUGAGUUUAAACUUGUCGGUUUAUCUCUGUGAAAUGUCAGGACACUGCUCAGAUUAUAGAUAAUAAAGGAAGCGGGCAGAUAAACACCCACGGUAAACAGUUUUUUUGAACAAUGUGAAAACAUGUGAAGACCUUGUGACUUAAGCAACUCCUUCAAACAGACCUGACCCGCAGGAAGAAGUCCAGGCAGUUUUGAUUUACUGUCAGAUUUGAGCGCAGAAGUGGGUCAAAAGCGUGUUGAGUCUCAAGUUUAAUGGUGACUCAGUAACAUCGGUUCAAUAAGUAACUUUAAAUAGUUUAAUAUGAAACCAAAUCUAUGAUCAGCUGUUUAUUACCUCUAAUUAACCAACAGGAAAACAACGCAAACAAAUCAAAGGUCAACCACCUUGUUACGACCAGCUCGUUUAAGGGAGAAGGGAAGCAACAUAAAACCGACCAGAUGUUAAAUGAUCAAAUCAAGUUAUUUAUUAACAAAAGUAAAAUUGGCAGUAACAACAAAAAGAGAGGCAACAAAGGCCUUAAAGGAAACUUAACAGGUUGCCAAAAACACAGGGAGACUCUAACCUAGAGUUAGUUACCAGUAAAAUAAAAAGAUCUGCUCACAAUCGGCAAGAAACAAACUAAAACACAACUCUCAGCCCUAAUGCUGGAUACAAAAGAAAGCAGGUAGGCGUGUGCAAACCAAAAUGCCUCACAAGCUACGAAAAAGUCCCAAUUCACAAUUACUAAGACAAUCAGUCUGAGGAAGAGGCAUGGGAGCUCCACUGGUUACAGCGUGCUCCCUGAUCUGCAGGUCCGCUGGAGUUUUAUCCACUCCCCCCAAGUGGCUCCUCUCAAUUGGCAGAAGCCCUCAGCCAGUCAGUGUCUGCAGUUUCCAGGUGGAGGUGAUCAGGCACUUAAUUGAUCCGCAGCCACGGCAACCUGUGAACUGCAGGCAGCACGCACACACAGGCACUCUCACACACGCACACACACACACACACACACACACACACAGAGGAAAACCCAAGACUCGCCACACUAAGGCGGCGGCCGUAACACACCUCCUCUGACAUACAAAUAAAGGCACAUGUGAGAGCCAUUUUGCAUCCCAAAAAUUAUCACUUUGAAGUUAUUAGUGUGUUUGUUUUUCUUUUUGAGACUUUAUUGAAGUUUAAUAUCUAGAUCGUUUUUUUUUGUUUUGUUUUCUGUGCUGCCAUUUUGCAUCCCUUUAUGAUGUAAAUAAUGUGACUUUUAAAUUAUUAGUGUGUUUGCUUUUGUUUUAUUUAAGUUUAAUAUCUUUGUCUAUUUUUUGGUUUUGUUUUCUUUGCUGCCAUUUUGCAUCCCUUCGUAGAUGUUUAGCAGGUCAAUGCUGCGUUUAUUUUGCAGUCUCUGUUUUGGCUUAUGAUGAUUAAUCGUGAAACUAUAUCGGUAUAUUCUAUUCAUAUUGUUUUGGUGGUUUAGUAAUAUCUUAAAAAUGCCGUAUGGGAGCGGUUGUCACAAGACAUUUGAAGGUUUCUACCACACCCACGUACACGUCUUUAAUGUCUUAAUUUUCUCAGCUGUCUUAUAAAGAUAAUUACAAUAAAAGAAGCACAUUAUAACUUCUGCUCUAGACAGCUGAAUAAACUUUACUCACUUCCUUAAACUUUUGUGCCUAAUUUAGAUCUUGUUGUGUCUUUGUGGUUGUUUUUCAGGUUUAAAUACUUGUUUUAUUAGUUGAUUUUGUGUAUCGUCGUUUUCCUCAUUGUCCCAUUGCUGUAGUUGUUUUGUUAUCCCUUCCUGGAACUUUGUGUGUCACUCUGACGUUUAUUCACAAAUGUUGGCGGCCAUUUUGCAUCCCUCUGUGGUCAUUUUGCAAGUUUUUGUUGUUGAUUGAUGCUUUUUUAAUUGUGUUUAAGGUCAGUGUGACUAUUUUGCAUCCCAUCCUCAGUGUUCUGCGACUUGAAUAAUUUUGCAUCUGCGGUUGACUAGUAUUGCUUUGUCAUUUUUUGCUGGACUUUUUAUUUGUCACUUGUGCCGGUUACUAAAGAAUAGUCAUUAUGGAACUAUGAAGCUAUUUUGUGUCUUAGCAGUCAUUUUGCAUCCCCUUAUAGAUUUUGUUUGCCCUGUACACCAUCCAGAGUCAUCUUUGCAUGUCAAUAUCUUAGAUUUAAAUGUUAGCAUCUUUUUUUAAAUCCUACAUUUCAUACCUUUAAUGUGGUUUUGCAGCCAUUUGGCAUCCCUCGUCUGUAUUAUUACGAGUCUUUGUAGUAUAUAUGUACUUUUAUUUCGUACUUUUUUAAUUUCUGUUCUGAGUCAGUGUGAGUAAAAGUGAUUCUGAUUGAUUUGGCUUCCCCACUGAUAUCUCGAACGUUUCCCGCUGCAGGGUUGGCGUCCUGGAGGACGACUUCACCUGCCUGGGGAUCCUGUGUGCCAUCUUCUUCUUCCCCCUGGGCCUCCUCUUCUGCUUCGCACUGCGCCAGAGAAGGUGUCCCAACUGUGGCGCCACCUUCGGUUAGAGGGACCAAACCACAGCCCAUGCACCUGCUUCUGCUCCCAUGCAUACAUACAUACACACACACAUAAUCCAGCAUUUUUGUGUCAUUUACUUUAUGUUUUCUUAUUAUUGCACAUUAGUGUUGCCAUAUUAUGAUCAAGAUGUAACUUCGGAUUAUGACGUGAGUUUUUAAAUAGAGGAACGUGUAGAGAUCUAUUUUCAUCUGCUAGUUGAGGAUCUAUAUUCUAGCAUAUGUUAGGCGUCCAUCUGUUGUCAGUGCCUUCACUUCAUGCUGGGUGAUCAUCGGAGAUUCCAUCAGCCAUGACUUUUUCUGUAGAUGUAGCUCAGUUUUUAGAGGAUCUGAGCAGAUUCCUUCAUAUUUUGUCAAGCCAUCAUUUUAUCUUCCCUUUAUUUCGUCUUUUGCAGCACGCUUCAUACGUAUGUUUUUAAUUAAGACUGUGCUUAGUUUCAUUUAAAGAUUGCUUCAUGUAUUAGCUUCUCUAUUUUUUAUUUUUUUUUUGGCUCAUGGAAAAAAACAGAAACGCGUCUCCAGAAAACAAAACAACGUGUAGAUCUUCACUCUUUCGAUGAGAGCUGUCCAGGCUGGAACUAUGGACUCAAACAAACAGCCUGCAACAGUUCGCCUGUUUUUGUUGAUGUUUCCUCUUGGGGCCAUAUUUGCACUGAUCAUUUGUUCGAUGAUAACUCUGCUGGGUUGUGCUUCCCCAGGGCCAAUGCAGACCUCAGGUACAUACAAUCUGGAAAGCCCUCGACUUCACAACCUCAAUCACUGUUUUACUUGGACUUCUAGCGACUUUUAAGAGGACAAUUGUGUCAAACUUCUCCUUUUAAUGGGCGGAGCAUCACUUCGAGGAAGCAUGCUGAGAGGAAAAAGCUGAAGAAAUCUCUCUCCGAUGUGUAUAAUCUCUGGAUUUUUAUCUUAGUACUCUUCUCUGUGACAAGUCAGCCCGCCCCAUUCCUCCCAACCAGACAAUCAAAUCAUGAAUGUCUACGUCCAUGUAUCUGCGUUAUCUCUGUGUCUACGUCUUCCAUUCAGCGAGAUGUUAUGUAACUGUCCAUGGCAGAAGAAAAAGAGAUAAAAACAAGGGGCAGGGAUUUGAAGAAAAAAAGACUCUUCUUGCUUUAGAAAAUACACUACGCACGCUCUUAUGAUUGAGGUUCUUACUUUUUAUAUAUGAGUUACUGUAAUUAAAAAGAAAGACUGCUACCUACGUGUC